CAACUCGACUUCCACCUCCAACCAUGGCUCAAGUCCUCCAAAAUGUUUAUCGACUGGCUGUCCCCGUGGCUAUCGGUGGUAUGCUAGUUCAAAAUUCCCUUUACGAUGUCAAGGGCGGCACACGAGCUGUCAUCUUCGAUCGAGUGUCUGGUGUGCAAGAGAAGGUUGUCAACGAAGGAACACAUUUCUUGAUCCCGUGGUUGCAACGCGCAAUUGUUUACGAUGUCCGCACCAAGCCUCGCAACAUCUCUACCACGACAGGAAGUAAGGAUUUGCAGAUGGUUAGCUUGACGCUGCGUGUGUUGCACCGCCCGGAGGUGCCGAAGCUGCCGCAGAUCUACCAGUCAUACGGUACCGAUUACGAUGAGCGUGUCCUCCCGUCCAUCGGAAACGAAGUCCUCAAGGCCAUCGUGGCCCAGUUCGACGCCGCCGAGCUGAUCACACAGCGUGAAGCUGUCUCCAACCGUAUCCGCACUGACUUGAUGAAGCGUGCUGGACAAUUCAACAUCGCCCUCGAGGACGUCUCCAUUACACACAUGACUUUCGGAAAGGAGUUCACACGGGCCGUCGAGCAGAAGCAGAUCGCCCAGCAGGAUGCCGAGCGGGCCCGAUUCAUCGUCGAGCGUGCCGAGCAGGAGCGCCAGGCCAACGUCAUUCGCGCUGAGGGUGAAGCCCUGAGUGCUGAAAUUAUCAGCAAGGCCGUCGCUAAGGCUGGCAGCGGACUGAUUGAGAUCCGUCGUAUCGAGGCCAGCAGGGAGAUCGCCCAGACUCUGUCCUCGAACCCCAACGUUACUUACCUGCCCGGUGGAGAAGGAAAGGAUGGAAACAAGAGCACUAGCCUCUUGCUCGGUCUGCGGAGUUAG